CUUUCAGCCCUUUGCUCUCUCUUUAUUUCUUUAUUUUAUUUUUCUCUUUAUUUUCUUUAUGAGCCAAAGUUCAGGUUAUAGCACACCAGAUAAUAAAAGUUCAGCAAGUGUACCAAAGAAACCACCUCGUUCAACAAAAGCAGAAUAUGUUUCUACAGAAUGCAAGCGACAUUAUGCUUCCCCUGAGGAAAGCGAUGACGCGAUACCUAUAUUUACAACGCCCACCAACAUGUACAUAAGAGAUGAGCUCAAUCCUCGUCCCAGAUUCACUUCUCCUCGGCCAAGGCAUCAGUACACAUACAGUCCUUCUCCAAGCAGUCAAUAUAGCAACACCAGUUUUGAUCCUCCUUCAACAAAAUACCAUAGUAAUAAUAAUACACCAUCCUAUUCCCCUAAAGCAGAUACUAAUUUUAACACAAGGCCCAGAGCGACAUCAUUUUCAAACAAGGAAAGAAUGAAUGGAAGCACACAGCAGACACCCACACAUUCAGGAAACAAUUUUACAAAUUCCGCUGAACCAUCAACACAUAAAGAUCUGAUAUUAGCCCAACUGGUAGAAAUGGGGUUCGCUCUGGACGCUUGUAAAGCAGCACUUGCUACAUGUUCAACCAAUGCGAGCCUACAAGAUGUAUUGGAUAUACUUGUUCAAAGCACAACAACAAGUGAUCAACAGGUACCACUUGAUCCAGGAGCUGUAUCAUCUGAGGAAGAAGACAUAGGUAUAUCGAGCGAAGAGGCAUGGAAACAGGAACAAGAAAGACGUCGAAAAGAAUAUUUGAACGAAUUAAAGAGAAAUAGUCAGACAGUGGAUACGAGUUAUGCUGAGAAACAAAGAAAAGAAGGAAACUACUAUUUCAAUAAGGGUCUUUUUAUUGAAGCUGAAUCAUCCUAUUCACUAGCCAUUGCCUCUUUGCCCGCUCAUCAUAGUGCCAUUGUUCUUUUGAGUAACAAUCGAGCAGCGACACGAUUAAAGCUUGGAAAGUAUCAAGCCUGUCUCGAUGACUGCUCCACAGCCAUUCAGUUAGCAAGCAAGAAUGUAGCGACGAAUGCUGUUCUGAUAGAUGGUGUCAGCUCUUGGAAAUCACAAUGGCUAAAAGCACUACAUAGAAAAGCGUGUGCAUUGGAAGGCUUAGGACUUUAUGAUGCUGCCAUUCAUGUCUACGAGGAAUAUGCACGCAUCAGUGGCGUUCCUCGUACCGCGAUUGUCAACCAGGGUAUUCAAAGAUGUCAAGACGCGAUACAAGCGAAAAAGGAGGGUAAAACGCAAAAUGAUGGUACGCAUAGCCCCAUAUGGAAACCUUCAAAGGAGUCAUCGACGGCAUUCCCUGAUAUUGACUUUACUAUGUUUAUGCCAAAACAACCUCAACCACAGGCCAAUAUGGAUGAAAUUAACGCAAGUAAGGCAGUACGAGAGAUGAGAGAAAGAGAAAAGAAGAGAGAAGCAGAAGAAGCAGAACGGCUGGCAAAAGAAGACAAAGUGAAUGCACAACUUAUUGCUUGGAAAAAUGGGAAGGAACAGAAUCUGAGAAGUCUGUUGGCUUCAUUAGAGCUUAUAUUGUGGUCAGAUAUUCAGUGGAAAGGAGUGACAGUGGGUGAACUAUUAGAGCCUAAAAAGUGUAAAGUAACCUAUAUGAAGGCUAUUGCAAAAGUUCAUCCAGAUAAGCUCCCUGCCAAUGCAACGGUUGAACAACGUUUACUUGCCAGUGGCAUAUUUACUACACUAAAUCAAGCAUGGGAUAUAUUUAGAACAGAGCAUAAUCUUUAAUAAAAGAUAGAUCAAACUGUGAAAGCCAAAAAAUGUCCCUGUUUAACUGUAGC